AUGGGGCAGUUAUUGCAACUGUUCUCACAGUUAAACACCAAUAAACCACCUCCACCACCAUCCGAAACAUCCACAAGCACCACCACAAUUUCAAUAUCCCCAUUCUCAAUAUCAGAAAAAUUAACUCACCAGAAUUACACCAUGUGGUCCAGAUUGAUGCAAUUAGCCUUAAGUGGUCGUGAUUGGCUCAACCAUAUCAUCGCUGACCCACCACCACAAACAGACCAAGAGUACGGCCAAUGGACCAGGCGAGAUUCAGUGGUUAUCUCAUGGAUAAUCAAAAGCAUUCAUCCGGAUCUAGUCAACCAAUUUAUCGAUUUCCCAACCGCAAAGACUCUUUGGAAGGGGAUAGAAACAGUAUACAGCAGUGGCAGUGACGGGGUAAACGAAACUUUCGACAAAGAGAGGAGGGACCUUCUCCUUCAAGAUCCAUUACCCACUGCAGAGGAAGCAUAUGCAUUCAUAAGGAGGGAGAUAAUGAGAAGGGGAAUCAUGAAAAAGGAGCCCUCAUCAGAGUUAGAUUCAUCGGGCUCAGGGGGCGUGUUUGCUGUCAGAGGGAGAUCGGAAAAAUCUUACCGGAAAAAUGACGAAAGGAGCCAUCUUCAAUGUACCCACUGUGGUGGGAUGAGGCACACGAAAAGUGAGUGCUUCAAACUUGUUGGAUACCCGGAUUGGUGGCCAGACACGAGGAAGAAAGGGGCAAAAAUGGCCGGCCAACUCUCCGAUCAGCCAAGAUCUGGAAGAGCAGCGGUCGUUUCAAGCACCGAUACAAAAUCAGACAAAAGCAUGGCAGCCAUGGUUAAAUACUCAAAGGAAGAUGAAGGUAACAGGGAAAAGCAAAGUCAGAGAAAGUGGGAAGGAGAAAAUGACCCUUCAAAUGAAGGAGAAAGUGACCCUUCAAAUGAAGGGUACACGGCUACGGACACAAUGUCUUAUGAUCAAAAUGAUUUUUUAAACCAUGUCCGACCGAAAAAGAAUCUCAUUAAAACUGCUAAUGCGGAAGAAAUUAAAGUCGUGGGUGCUGGAACUAUUACUGUGUCAGGAAAUUUAACCUUGAAUAAUUGUCUUUUUGUUCCUAAUCUCUCACAUAAACUGUUGUCCGAUGUUCAGACAGGCAAAAUUAUUGGACGUGGUAUUGAAAAAGGUGGUAUGUACUACUUGGAAGAGACGGUUCAAAAAGGCAACGCAGUUCUUGCUCACGGGUCACGGGAGAAACAACUGUGGACUUGGCAUCGUAGACUUGGAGAAACAACGGUGAAGGAAGUUUUGAUUUCGAAUUAUGUUUACCAAUUGACUUAA